AUGAAAUUUAUUGUGGCAAAUUUUUUAAUUUACUUAAUAAUAAAAAAACGUUUAUGUGUAUUAGAAGAUCAAAAAGGUCUUGUUCAAGUAUGUGAUCGAAAAAAACAACAAGUUAAAUCUGUUCAAGAUGUAUUAAAUAUCAUCCAACUUGGUAUGAGUAUUCGAACAUCUGGUACAACAGCAGCUAAUUCAAAUUCUUCUCGAUCACAUGCUGUUCUACAAAUUAUUUUAAAAACAUCAUCUAAUUCCACUUCUUCAAAUGUAUCAUCAUCAUCAUCUCGUAAUAAUAAUAACAACAACAAUAAUCCAGCUAUACCUCGUCGUUUAAUGAAAGAAAUUGGUAAAAUAUCAUUAAUUGAUUUAGCUGGUUCUAAACAUGCAUUGAAAGAAUGUAUUCGUGCAUUGGGUCGUGGUGAUGACAGUCAUGUACCAUUUCGUGGUUCAACAUUAACAAAAGUAUUACGAGAUUCAUUUAUUGGUGAUAAAUCAAAAGUUUCUGUGAUUGCAAUGGUGUCACCAACACAUUCUGAUGUUGAAAAUACAAUGAAUACGUUACGUUAUGCUGAUCGAGUUAAAGAAUUACGAGCUGGAGAUAAUGAUGAAAUUAUAUCAAAUGAAGAUGGAAUAUCAAAAGGUUUGAUCAAUUAUAUUUACAUAAUGAUUUAUUCUUUUAUUUUAGCGUUACCUAUUGAUGAUGACAAAGAAAAUAAACGUCGUCAUCAUUAUCAUCAUCAUUGCGAUGACUCUGCAUCAUCAAAUGAUAGUACCAGUUCAUCAUCAAAUGAUCUUCAAGAUGAUUAUGAUGAUGAUGAUGAACAAGAUGAAGCAUUAGCUUUAUAUGCAGCACAAGUUGGACAUUUACAAGAAUUUGAAGAUGCUUUAUUUGAUUGUUGUCAAGAUAUUUUAACAAAUAAAGAAUCAAUACUUACAAAACAAUUACGUGCUAUUGUUAAGCAAGCACAAGAUACAGUUGAUUAUGAUCAAGAAAAAUUUGUUAAUGAUAUGCGCAAAAAUUUACUUGAACGACAACAAAUUUUAAAUGAAUUACAAACACGUUUACAGGCAUUUGCUGAUUGUCUUCAACAAGAAGAACAAGUUGCUGCAGCACAACGAAUGAAAAAAACAUCAAACAAAUAUUAA